CUACUCUUUCACCAAAAUGUCUCGAACAUUUCAGUGGUUUGCCUUUACUUCUAUCACUUUAUGCUUAUGGGCACUAGGAAUUUUAUCGAGAAGCAAGGUCAACGGUGCCUCAAAUACUCAAAUAUUCGUGGACCACGAAGUUCGCUCAAGAAAUCCGUCAAUUCCUGCUCGCGACGCCAAUAUUCCUUUCAAUUCUGACAACAAGUCUUUUAUCAACGAGCAUUCGCUAACAGCGAUUCUUCCUGUCACUGAAAACUCUCUUCCCAACUUGCGCCACAUUCUUGAACCCCUCGUUCACCCGGACACUGCGUCUGUCUACCUCCGCGAAAUCCUUCUAGUAUCCCAAGAUCGCAUAACAUCGAACUUGCGUUCCGAGCUUUUUACCAUCAUGUCACAGAUGCAGUUUACCAGACAUAUCCAAUGCUCCAUCCGUUCAUGGAAAGAUACGCUCAGUGAAAGCACUGCGCUCAUUCAAGCCGCCCUUACUUCUUCAAGUGAAUGGAUUCUGUUGCUUGAACAGGAUGGUUUAGUCAAGCUUGACAAGAGUAUUGGAUGGACCCUUCUCAAUCCUCCCAUGACGGCGCUACCACUAGGUCCUAGAGGUAUCUGCCUAUCCCAUAAUGUAUCAUGCAUACCUCCUUCUUCCGACACCGCUCUCGAAGCAUCCUAUCUCAUUCCUCCUUUUGUUAUGCCAAGCUCUUUGGCUAUGCAUGCUGGUGAACACGCUACAUCAUGGGCUACUUUUGGCGCAUAUGUAUCCAGUCUCAAGUUCAAAGACGCACAAGUUGGGGGGAUUGUCCUUCCCCAACCUUCUCAGACCACGCAUGAUAUAAGCUGGUGCUCUUCAAUCGAACACACCGUUACGCAUGACAUCUAUCCUCGGCUAGACUUUAAAUCGUUAUUUGAUCAGUGGCCUUCUUCCUCACCUACAUCUGGUGAAGUAUCUGAUGGUUCCCUCUCAUUGGACAGCUCUCCCAUAGUUUUCGGUAUCCUUUUUCUUACCCGCGAUGACCUCAAUUCGUUUGCCCCGGUCGCUUGUCGCCUUCAACAACGUGGUCACACGCUUCAAAUAUCUCUUUACGACGGAAAUUCCUCUCAAGCACCUCCUAAACUCGGCUUCCUAGAGCACUCAAUGUGUAUAUUGUCUUAUAGAGCCUUAUCUGCCGAUGAGCCUCCAGCUGCAUGGCUCGACGGAUUGGAUGGACAUCCUGAAGUCAUCGUUACCUUGUCAGAAAUGACCGAUCCCUUGAAUGGGUGUUCAAGUACGUCAAUCAUUCGUCUCCCUCGCGAAGACUUGGCACACACUCAGUGGAUGAGUUCUCUUACAUCUCAUGAAUGGCGAGAUUGGAAUAUUCCGCAAGUGACUUUGAGUAUCAUCACGAAAGAUCGGCCACAGUCCCUUUCCCGACUACUCGAGUCCAUAAUUGAUGCGAAGUUCUUUGGGGAUAAGAUCGAUCUUCGAGUAAAUAUGGAGCAGUCUUCCGACUUGAAUACGAGGAAUAUCAUCAAGAAUUUUCGUUGGUCUCAUGGGAGUAUGUUUGUGCAUCAUCGGGUCAUCCAUGGUGGUCUCCUCACCGCUGUCGCGGAGUCCUGGUAUCCUCACUCUCAAGAUGCAUAUGGUGUACUAUUAGAAGACGAUGUCGAGCUGUCCCCUUUGUUCUAUGCUUGGAUCAAGAUGACUCUUCUUCGCUAUAGGUACGGUUCAAAUCGAGGCCGGGCUCCGCAAAUGUUCGGGAUCAGCCUAUAUCAGCCGAAAAAUUUAGAACUGGACCUGAAUGGAAGACGCCCAUUCAACGCUUCGCAUACCUUACUCUCCGCUGGUUCAAAAGCUUUCACUCCAUAUCUCUCCCCAAUCCCGUGCAGCUGGGGUGGGGUUUACUUUCCUGAGCACUGGAUGGAAUUUCACGAUUACAUCACUAUGCGUUUCUCUGAGGACAUUCUCAACCUCUCACAAAUCAUCGUACCCGACGUUCGGUCAAAUCAGUGGACUAGGUCAUGGAAGAAGUACUUUAUAGAACUUGUCUACCUUCGGGGAUACGUCAUGCUCUAUCCCAAUUUUCCUCAACAAAUUUCUUUCUCUACCAACCAUCUCGAGGUCGGCUCACAUGUCAAGAUCCGUUCCAUGGAGAAAAGAGAAUCUUUUUCGGUCCCACUGAUGAAACUUGGAGGUGGAACGGCCGCUCGUGAAGUCGAUUUACUUGAUCUGCCAAACAAAACCCUUCCUGAUUGGACAUCACUACCCGUCCUAAAUCUCACUGGAGUGCCCACAACGCUGGACGCGUUAGCAGAGGCCGGCGUGCGUAAGUAUUUCGAGCUCGGGCUCUGCGGUGAUCUCUCUGAUUCGGGGGAGUCGAAGUGUUGAGGCGCUGGUAUACGAAGAUUGGGGUAUUAGAAGUUUUUAGAACCUACAUAGACAUCAACUUCACAAGGCUUCACCUCCACGCUG